ACAGCAUAGUGAAUAACCAAGUGUCAAGUUUUUGCUAGCAAUCUCUAAUGUUUACGUUUGCACAAAGAUAAGCCAAGAAGAGAGAGAGAGCGAGAGUACCUAUAUAAAUCAACUGAUAAGUACUUUUGUUUGUGCAUUUAACACCCCCAUAAUUGCUGCUUAUAAUACACAUGUAGGUGGUAUGUGUAUGUGGUUAAUUGUUAAUGGCUUGAUCUGCAACCUGGAAAUCCUGUAGGUAUACUUUUACGAGAGAAUGUUUUGAAAUUGCACAAGAUAAAUAUCUCGCAUAGGACGGGAGGAAACGAGAGUGUGCCUCCAAGACUGCUGCAGGCAAUAAAAUGUUCGAGCCCACGGAACAGGGGAAGGAUCUCUGUAUCCACACCGGGGUCGUUUUGCGAGGAGCUAACACAAGAGAAGAUGAAGUUCACAGCUCUGGAAGCCUCAAUAUUGUCGAAUACAGUUUUGGAAAAUGCAUCGAGUGGAAGCCAACCGAAGUGUCAGUUGUAUCAGAGAGCCAAGAUCAAGAUCCCGAGUGGUCACUUGUCAACACACAUACUAGAAGAACAAGAUCAUCGUCGGAAGGUCCAGAUUCUCUUGGACGCAGAACAGUUAGAAUAUUAUUUUCAGAACUGAAGUCACUUCGUGUGCACCAAGGUGGCCAACAGUUGAUAUUCAUGCAAAAUGAUGGCACGACUUACGUGGCCUUUUUUCAGUUGUUGAAUGCUGAAAGCUUUUUCAAUUCUUUACAAGGUUUUUUAAAAUUCGUCAGAUCCAAGCAAGACAAAUAUCUUUAUCUUGUUCUCGAUGAGGUGAGUUCAGUACUAAACAAAUCUUUUGCGGAAUUAGAUAUUUUACAAGAACACACCUCGGAUUAUGUGUGGAAAUUCGUGAAAAAUCUACACAAUCAUCCCUACGAAACGACAAUGGAAGCCUUUAGCAAAUUAGCUGAUGUAUGGUUAUAUAAAGAACCUGUAAAGCGCCCAGUAGAAGAAGCAGUAGCUGAUCUUCUAAGUCGGUCCCUAACAGGGAAUGUUCCGCAACCACCAGUUGGUUCCAUUGGUUCUGGUGAAGAAUAUGAAGUGAUCGAUGAGCCAGGUUUAGGAAUAUUGUUACCUCCAAGGCCUCCUUGUUCAAGAGGGCCACCUCUUAAUCAAAUACAGUGGGAUCAGUUCAAAGAUGCAGAGGGUAGAGUUAAGAAUCAUGAAAAAGUAAAAGAAAUCAUAUUUCGUGGGGGUAUUUCUCCUUCGUUGCGUUACGAAGUUUGGAAGUUUUUACUCAAAUACUAUCCAUGGGAAUCAACAAACGCAGAAAGAGUUGAAUUAAAAAAAGCAAAGACAAACGAAUAUUACACAAUGAAAUUACAAUGGAAAUCAAUGACACCAGAUCAAGAAAAUAGAUUUUCAGAUUAUCGUGAUAGAAAAAGUUUAAUUGAAAAAGAUGUAAACAGAACUGACAGAACACAUGCUUAUUAUUCGGGAGAAGAUAACCCUCAUUUGACGCAGUUGUAUGAUAUUUUAAUGACAUACGUUAUGUUCAACUUUGAUUUGGGAUAUGUACAAGGGAUGAGUGACUUAUUGAGUCCAAUAUUGUGUCUAAUGGAUAAUGAAGUUGAUGCCUUUUGGUGUUUUGUAGGCUUUAUGGAUAAAGUGAGCACUAAUUUCGAGAUGGACCAAGCUGGUAUGAAAGGUCAACUUUGUCAACUUUACAGUCUUCUUAAAGUUACGGAACCUCAGCUAGCACAAUACCUUGAUAGACAUGAAUCAGGAAACAUGUUUUUCUGUUUCCGAUGGCUCUUGGUAUUAUUCAAAAGAGAAUUUAAUACAGUUGACAUUAUGAAACUAUGGGAGAUACUUUGGACUGAUUUUCUUUGCAAAAACUUUCAUUUGUUAUUUUGUGCAGCAAUCUUAGAGACAGAAAAAGCGACUCUUAUGGAAAAUCGUUAUGGUUUUACUGAAAUUUUAAAACACAUUAAUGAUCUAUCCCUGCAUAUUGAAUUACCUUGGACAUUAUCAAAGGCUGAAGGUAUUUAUCAUCAAUUAAAGGCUGCAGAGCCAGAACUUCCUGACAACGUACGUCUAAUCAUAGGGCUAGAACCAAAAAAUAAAAUUAAUGAUCAAUUAGAUUUAAACAAUGAAACAGCGAAUACUAAUGGAGAUAGUGCUCCUUCGAAUAGUUACGCCGACGAAAGUGUUAAUGUUAAAUUUGGAAAAAAUGAAGUUUCUUUUGAACGUAGUAUAAAUUUAUCUUACUUAUGAAACUUUUAAUUGCUAAUGUAACGUAUUUAUAUGCAUAUAUCGGUUAUAAAAUUGUAUUUAUUUUAAUUCUAUGAUAAUAGAAUCUUUAUCGUUAUCUGAUUCUGUAAUCUGUCAUUUCAAAAUUACAUCAUCUAAGUAUUUGCAGAAAAGCAGCGACUUCAGAGUCAUGUUUAUGGUACCUAAUUUAGUAACAUUGGAAUUUAAUAAACGUGCAAAAGUCAUUAAAUAUUUUUACGAUACAUUUUACAGUACAUACAUAUGUAUAUUUCUGCAAACUAAUUUUUUUACGGAUAAACUCGAUAAUUAUUGUCUGAAAACAGAGAAUCGUUCAGGAAAAUUAUGGUACUAUUGAAUUUAUUAUGGGUGAUACAUCAGCACAAUAUAGAUAAUUAUGUUAAUUUAUCAUGUUAAGUAUAAUUAUUUUUAAUUGAAACCUUAUAAAUAUACAAAUCAAAAUAAUGUACAUUAAUAUGAAUGAAGUAAAAAAAAAAUUUUGGAAUCAAUGUAGUGCAGAGU